AUGAUAGCUUGUCUGGCAAUAAUUGACAUUCUUGAAAGAAAAUUGCAACCGCCACCUCCCGACCGCGGCGGUUCCAAGCAACAUGGAGGGAGCCUUCACCCAUUCGACGAAAUGGUUGGGCUAAACCUCAAUAACACCGAGGAGGAGAAAGAGCUCCCCGCGUACGCAUGCGCUUAUUGCGGUAUUCACGCUCCGGCCUCUGUCGUCAAGUGUUUGAUCUGCAACAAAUGGUUUUGCAGCGCCCGCGGCAACAGCACGUCCUCCCACAUUAUCAACCAUCUCGUCCGAGCCCGCCACAAGGAAGUUCAGCUUCACCCCGAGUCCGCUCUCGGCGAUACCGUACUCGAAUGCUAUAGCUGCGGCACUAAGAACUCAUUUUUGCUUGGCUUCAUCCCUGCAAAGUCUGACUCUGUCGUUGUUUUGCUGUGCCGCCAGCCUUGCGCCGCAUCGGCCUCCAACAAGGACAUGAACUGGGAUCCCUCCCGCUGGGAGCCGUUGAUCAAGGAGCGAGCGUUCCUCGAUUGGCUUGUCAGCGCUCCCUCCGAAGCCGAGCAGCUGCGCGCCCGCCACAUGUCUCCCAACACCAUCGCUCGCCUCGAGGAGAUGUGGAAGUUGGAACCCAACGCCACCAUUUCCGAUCUCGACAAAGGGCAAACUGUUGACGACGAUCCGGAACCCGUACUCUUGAAAUACGAAGAUGCAUUCCACUACCAAAACACUUUUGGACCGCUUGUGAAAAUGGAAUCCGACUAUGACAAAAAGCUCAAGGAAGCGCAGUCCGAAGACAACUUGAAAGUGGAAUGGUCGCAAGGUCUCAACAACAAGCAUCUUGCUUCCUUUAACUUGCGCAAGAUUGAGUCCGGAGAAGUUAAGCUUGCUGUUGGUGACGAAAUGUUGCUUCGCUACAACGGUGAGCUCAGGGAACCUUGGCAAGGUGUAGGCUACGUCAUGAAGAUUCCCAACAGUCAGUCUGACGAGGUUUGUCUUGAGCUACGUAAGACUGGCAACGACAGAUCGGUCCCAACCGACCUUUCCCACAACUUCUCGGCCGACUAUGUCUGGAAGGCCACCUCGUACGACCGUAUGCAGCUUGCCAUGAAGACUUUUGCUGUCGACGACAUGAGUGUCUCUGGCUUCAUUUUCCAUACAUUGCUUGGUCACGACGUUCAGCUGCAGCCGAUGAAGUCCAACCUGCCUAAGAAGUGGUCUGCGCCAGGUCUGCCAGAUUUGAACCAGAGUCAAGUCGACGCGAUCAAAUCGGUUCUGCAGAAGCCGCUUAGUCUUAUUCAGGGCCCUCCUGGUACUGGUAAGACGGUGACAUCUGCUACCAUCAUCUAUCACUUGUCCAAGAUGAGCGGAAACCAGGUUCUCGUCUGCGCACCUUCUAACGUUGCUGUUGAUCAGCUUUGCGAGCGUAUUCACCGCACCGGUCUCAAGGUCGUUCGGCUGACUGCCAAAUCCCGUGAAGAUGUCGAGUCUUCUGUGAGCUUCCUUGCUCUUCACGAGCAGGUGCGAAUGUCAGAGCACAAUACAGAGUUCGCGAAGCUGUCACAGCUCAAGAGCGAGGCUGGCGAACUGUCCAGCCAAGAUGAAAAGAAGUUUAGGCAGUUGACAAAGGCGGCCGAACGAGAAAUUCUCAACAACGCCGACGUUGUCUGCUGUACCUGUGUUGGUGCUGGCGACCCUCGUCUGUCCAAACUCAAGUUCCGUAGCGUACUCAUCGACGAGUCUACUCAGUCGGCCGAGCCCGAAUGCAUCAUCCCGCUCAUGCUGGGCUGCAAGCAGGUUGUCCUUGUCGGCGAUCACAAGCAGCUCGGCCCCGUCAUUAUGAACAAGAAAGCCGCCAAGGCUGGCCUCAGCCAAUCCCUGUUUGAGCGCCUCAUGCAGCUUCGCCUUCAGCCCAUUCUCCUCAACACUCAGUACCGAAUGCAUCCCUGCCUGUCAGAGUUCCCCUCCAACAUGUUUUAUGACGGCAGCUUGCAGAAUGGUGUCACGCAAGAGCAGAGAAUCCGAAAGGAUGUUGACUUUCCCUGGCCUGUUGCCGAGAUGCCCAUGAUGUUCUGGUCCAAUAUCGGCAACGAAGAAAUUUCUACCAGCGGCACCUCGUAUCUCAAUCGAACGGAAGCCUCCAAUGUCGAAAAGAUUGUCACCCGAUUCUUCAAGGCAGGCGUCAAACCCUCCGAGAUCGGCGUUAUUACGCCAUACGAGGGCCAGCGAAGCUACAUUGUUACGACUAUGCAAAAUUCGGGCACCUCCAAGAAGGAGCACUACAAGAGUGUCGAAGUCGCGUCUGUCGAUGCCUUUCAGGGCCGUGAAAAGGACUUCAUUGUCCUCUCCUGCGUGCGUUCCAACGAGAACCAAGGCAUUGGUUUCUUGUCUGAUCCUCGCCGCCUGAAUGUCGCCCUUACCCGUGCCAAGUACGGUGUGGUUAUUCUUGGUAACCCCAGGGUACUUUCCAAGCACGAGCUCUGGUACAACCUGCUCACCCACUUCCGUGACCGUCGCUGCUUCGUCGAGGGCCCCUUAAACAACUUCCAGCAGUGUCUUCUUCAGUUCAGCAAGCCCCGAUCGCACCGUCAGAAGCCCACCAAUCAGCUUCCGGUCGGUGGCUUCCAGAACCAGAACGGACGCUUCAAUGGCGCGGGCACGGGCACGGGCACGAUGCGCGACUUUGACUCUGGCUCCAUGAUGUCCUACGUCCCCGACGACGUCUCCUCCAUCCAUGGCUCGACCUUUGGCGGCGCUGCCCUCAACACGGCGUUCCCUGCCAUGUUCUCCAGCUUUGCCCCCGAGCAGUGGCCAGGUCUGCCUGGCGUCGGUGGCCAGGGUGCUCGUGGCGGAAAGAGUCGCGCUCGCGCUGCCGAAAGUGUCACCGGUGAGAGCGUGGCCAAUUCAGAGACCACAGACGCGUCGUCUAGCAUUAUUGGCAGUCGCGGCGUGGGCCAGGGCGGUGUAAGUCUCGGCGCCGGUCUGCAGGAUGCCGUCACGGGCAUGCGCGCCAUCUCCUACACCCAGAGCGAUCGUCUGCGCCAGUACGUCGAGAGCGGCGCCCGCAUGCCCGCUGGUAAUCGCUACGCCGGUCGCCGCUAUGAUGACGAUGAGAAGAGCGUCAGCACCGCUUUCCACAGCCAGGUCGGAGGUGGCUAUGACUGA